AUGAUUCCCGCAAUGAGCCUCGUACUUGUGUUGGCAGCCCCCUUUGGAGAGAUGGCUUAUGGACUCACCCCAGAGGAGAAAUCAACUAUCCUGACUCGACAUAACAAGUACCGUAGUAAUGUAAAUCCACCUGCUGCAAAUAUGGUACCUCUGCAAUGGGGCAACAAGCUUGCAACGUUGGCGCAGACGUGGGCUGACCAAUGCACCUUCGGCUACAACAACCCGUCUACAGAAAGAUGGGACGUGGUAGGCCAGAACAUCGCCAAAGGGUUCGGCAGCAGUCUCAUUUCUUUGAUGAAUUCGUGGAAUAGUCAGAAGGCUAAUUAUAACCUCGACACCAACAUGUGUUUAGCUGCCGGCGGAUCCUGUAACGAUUACAUUCAGCUGAUUUGGGCUGCAACCUCUUUCGUUGGAUGUGGCAAGGCUCAAUGUGGGUCAAAGACACACCUCGUCUGUAACUACGGACCCGGACCUAACAUGUUGUCAGGUCGCCCAUACCAAUCAGGUACACCCUGUUCUAUGUGUCCUGCCAGGGGAGGAAAUACAUAUAGUUGCGAGGAUAAUCUCUGCACCUUGAACUAAUGGCUUGGCAAGGCUGACAUGACAACGAGAUUGGACUGAACUAUACCCAACUACAACACGUCCAAAGUACCUGAUUGCAACUUUGAGUUUUACUUCUACGGUUCUACCCAUCAUUAUUUCGGGGUAAUGCGCUAAACCGCCACACGUACCGCGGCAGGUUCAUUUUUUUCGUGUAAAAUCUGCUGGUUGUGAUUUACUUCAUUUAAGAUAUAUAGAGGCCUUCUUUUUAUUUUUAUUUUGAAGUC